AUGCGCCAGGUGCCAGAGGUGGGGGCACACAGUGAGGAGGUGCAGGUCUACUCGGGAGCACCCCAUUUGUUUCCGGUGUUGGGCCAGUCACCCCAAGAGGUACUCCGACAGCCCGUGCACGAGGGUCGUCUCUUGCGCGAACUCAACCUGAAAUUCCGGUCUUCCAACAACGACGUUGACGCACAGUUAAGUACGCACCAUCUUGAAGAACAAACGAAGGCGCGCAACGCUCUGCUGAAGAUUGUGACGACCGUCCAGUAUCUAGCGCAGCAGGGACUGGCAAUACGCGGCAAAGAGUCAAGCGACGGUAACUUCAUGAAGUUGUUAGAGCUGCGGAGCAACGAUGACGUCGUGUUACAGAGGUGGCUGACACGCACAACUUCAUACACAAGCGUUGCCGUGCAAAAUGAACUGUUAAAAAUCAUGGCACACAUGGUGCUGCGAAAUAUUUGCAAGAACGUGGGCCUUUUUGCAGUCAUUGUCGACGGAACCCAAGACAUCCAAGGCGUUGAACAGGAGGCAAUAUGCGUGCGAUAUAUAGAUGACGCUUACGACGUUCACGAGGACUUUAUCGGUCUGUACAGCGUAUCUGAGACGACUGGUGCCAGCCUCAGCAAUAUGCUGCAAGACGCGUUGCUCAGACUCAACCUCCCAAUCACGCAUCUGAGAGCGCAAACGUAUGACGGAGCCAGCAAUAUGUCGGGCAAAUACCAAGGCUGCCAAGCACUGAUCAAGAAAGUACAACCACUGGCAAACUACACGCAUUGCGGUGCACACAUCACGCACCUCAUCUGUGCGAAGGCCAUUGAGAGGAUUACGAACUAA